ACGUAGAUAUCUACUGUUUACUAGCAAGUAUACUGCAUUCGUUUUACCUUUGCUCCUUGACCCUUUUCCGCCGACAACAUGGAGGACUCCAGUGAAAAAGGUUUGCCAGCGCAACGCCUCACUGUGAAGCUGGAAGAUGGCGGCGCAGUACAUCCUCGGGCGUCUGCUGACAGUAACACGGCAAUAUCACAAGCAGCAGGCUUGCCAAUGGCCUUCCUGCCCCACGGUUACGCUCCUAUAGCGGCCUCAGCCCUCAGCAACAUUGAUCCAACCGCCGCUGCUCUGCUUGCUUCUGAUCCGACAUCGUCGGUUCGACAAUUCGAAGAGAAACAACAUCUUAUACAGAUGCAGCAGCAGCGAAUACAGCAGUUGCAGAAGCAGCAGCAGCAACUCGCCCAGACUUCUUCAGACCAGAGUUAUGGUGACACGGGCAGCAACCGAGGGUCACGACCAGUUUCUCCCUCGUCAGGACACGUAUCGGCCACUUCCAGUGCAGAAAACUUAAUGACGUUCGGACACAUGCCUAUGCGCGUGCCAAUGAUGCAGUUCAUCGGAGCCCAGACGUUGUCAUCAGGCUUCGCACAUGGUGUGAAUCCCGUGGGUAGGAUGAUGCCCCGCCAAGCACUGCAGCUGGCGGAAUCGGAGCAGAGGAUGGCGGCGGAACUGGCCGAGACAGCUUCUGCCGGUCGACCGUCCCGUCCAGUCACGCCGAGCACAACUAGCGCAGCAGCCGAUUCCACGGCUGCUGCAUCGGCGGUGCAUGGCUCUGUGUGCGGUGUGUGCGGGGAUCAGUCGCAGAACAUCCGAAAACACUACGGCGCGAAUAGCUGUGAGGCGUGCAAGUGCUUCUUCAGGCGCAGCGUUCAAAUGGACAAACAGUACCAGUGCCGUUAUUCCAUGAAGUGUCCGAUCGGUGUCGACAAACGAGUACGACACUGGUGCCAGUUCUGCCGAUUUCAAAAAUGCAUCACAGUCGGCAUGAAAAAGGAAGCUGUGAAGCUUCACAGAAACACAUUCCUGUCUUCUACCAGCGGCCGGAGUAGCCCGGUUACAACUGGAAAGGCCAUGGCGAGUGAGGCUAGCACGCAUCCACUGGCAGCUGUUAGUCCACCUCUUAGCUCGCCACCGCUCCAGUCCAAGUCACCGCGCAUGCGUGAUAUUCCAUCGGUGACCUCACCUCCGCUGAGCGGUGCCUUCGCCACCAACCCACCGUCUCCGAUGGAAUCCGAGGCACGAGCGGCGGACAGGAUUAAGGCGGAGUUGUCACCUGGCUUGCUGUCUGCCUCUAUUGAGGCUGCCAGUGCUGCAGCUGCUCCUGGGAGCACUUAUAUGCCUUCGUAUGCACCCCUACAUCAUCUUCUUCCGGAUGCUCCCGACCUGAUCCCGAGCUCUUCGUUGCACAUGGGAGGUGGUGACCGUGGUGCUGGCGGUAGUGGCAAUCCGCAGACCGGUCCUUCAAGCAGCUCCAGCCUAGGCAGUGAUGCAUUCCCCAUGCCGCCCAUGCCAAACGUUAACGUGCCCACGCCCGAGCGAGCAGCUGGCGAGGAGAACAACGAAGCGUCCGUGGAGGAGGUUCUGGAGACAUUCAAGCAUCGGAUACUGUGCCUAUUCCAGUGGUCUAAGCAGCAUGUUGUUGGUUUCUCUGACUUGAGUCCCGCUGAUCAAAAGUCACUGCUAAGGAGCUCUGUGGUGGAGAUUGUCAUGCUUGGGUUCGCAAAGAGGUCCAUUGGCUUCGACGGCUCCCUACAGCUGGUUACUGGGAAGAUGAUGUCACCAGGACACGUGAACCCCGGUGUCUCAUCUGUCGCCAAUCUUCUCAUUGACCGUGUGGUGAAGCCGCUGCGUCAGCUAAAUCUAAAUGACUAUGAGCACAUGCUACUGAAGCAAGUUAUACUAUUCAACCCAGUUUCGGCCGGUGUCCAAGAUAUUGAGACCGUGCGUAGCAUGCGCAAGAUCCGACUGAUCGAGCUGCAGGAGUACACGAGUGGCGCGGAGCCAGGUCGUAUGGGUGAGAUGCUGCUGCUCAUUCCACCGCUCUACGAGGUCAGCCAGGAGAUCGUCGAGCAGCUAAGACUGGAGCAGUUUGUCAACGACGGUGAGAUGCGCUUUGACGCUGUCCUGCUGAUGAGCAUCGUCAACGGUGAGGUCAGCCUGACGAAUGUGGACGCCACCGCAGACCCAGCAGUGAUUAUAACUCCACCCGCUUCCAAGCCACCGCCGUCGGUGAGUGCGGCACACCAUAACUCCAGAUCCACUGCACCGUCUCUUGACUUCUGAUUGGGCUUCUAGACUGCUAGUGUAGCUGAAUUGCUCAACUGGUGGCGCAACGGAAAGCUCUUGUCCUGACAAGUAGUUGGCUAGCAAGGAUCCAUACCGUGAUGCAAUGCUAAGCACCUGGAUCCUGCACCGCCGAACACCUCCUAUACUCUGCACAGGAGCCGUUGUGAGCAGAUCGCGUCUUCGGGGCUAAAGUAGCGUUUUCAAGAAAAAUCAUUUUAGUGACGAUGCCAUAGCUUGACUGCUCUCACACGUUAUGUAACUCCGAACACCUCCUCUAACGGACACAUAUUUCGCUUCCUGCUCUCAUCUUCAUUACCUUUGUCCAUUCAUAUUGACUGCAUACUGAUGAAGGUCAUGACCGGCACCAACGCCAACACCAGCUGCAUGCACUGACGUACCAUCAGUUUCUCCAUGGUGUUCGGUGGUUGGGCCUGAGAUGGGAGAUGCCUCUCCUGUGAUGGAAUGCUUUGCUGCUACUCCGACCACAGUGAGUCCCUCUAGCAUCUAGUCCCUCCGCCGGAUGGUUAUCGUUUUGCCACAGCCUCAAUGUGGUGCUGUAACGUUGACUCCAGACCUGAUCAGACAGUGGGGCUAUAAUGCCGGUCAAUCCUGGUCUGCGAGAAGCCGCAGUUCAGCUCUUCAAGUGACACUACUGUAUUGAUUCUAUCAGAUUAGUUUAUAAAUAGUUUUCUAGUAUUUCUUAGUCCGUAGAGUAGAGUAUGCACGCAUGCAUAUGGUGUGAGGCAUUGAUUUGUACCGGCGUGUCUUUGCCUGCAAUACUACGGCAUUGCUAUUACCGGUAUGGGGUUUUCGCCUAUACUGUGAUGCCUUCAAGUCACCAGGAACACUCACUUUCAACAGUCUAUUUCCUUGACAUUGAUUAGGAACUUUUUUCUUCUUUUUUAGACCAGGUUUUUCAAAUUCUUACCGGUACUUUCCGAGUUGCUUGAGCACAAGCAAGGUGCAUUCUAAUGUGAAAAUCCUGCCACCGGCCGGGAAUUCACUGUUGCGCAAAUGUCUCUGAGAAUGUGAACUGAAGACUUUUCAUGGCUUAUUUCUGUGGUUCUUUGGUUUUAUUUCGUAGUGUUUUAGUUUUGACUUUGUUGCCUUGUUUUGGCUGCACGCGCAGUCACGCUCGGCUUCUGUGCACCGUGGUCAUGAAACGCUUACGUCAGUGUCACGUGUCCAACAUUGUUUUGUGCGCAUGCUCGUAUGCUGCCACGAUGUUUGUCUUUUCUGGAGUUAUCAGUUUUGCCUCGUCGUGUCCGGUCUUCUUGUUUGUCCGUCUCCGUCUUUUAAAAGGAAUCAUGUCAGAACUUUUA